GUUUAAACAUACAUUUUUUAUAUUUACUUUCGUCUUGCAUUUACUCAGUUGUUUUUAUUGCAAAUUUGUGUUAAUACAAUAUUUUGCGAUUUUCAUCUUGAAAAGCCAUCUAAUUAAAGAAUAAUAAUGAAGAAGAAAGAUGAUGAUGUUGAAUGUUUGAUAAGCGGCGAUUCCGACGAUGGCGAUGAUGACGCUUUACUACAGUCUAAAGAACUGGAAAACCUUGAGCCAAAAGAUGUUAGUAAUUCUUUUAUCCGUGACAAACAUUUGCUGGAUCAAGACGAUGACGAACUUCCAGCACUUUUACCUGACGAUUCGGAGCCCAGCUCAACAGCGGUAAACUCAUUUAAAAAGAUACAUGUUGCAUUACGGCCCAAAGAAAAUCGAGUACGACGUAAUUUAAGUGAAGCGGAAAGUAAUGAUAUUUUAUCAGUGAGGACUAAUGAGGAAAGAGGUGGUGGUGGCCAAAGUCAACCUACAUUUUAUUUGCGUUCGCGUACAGCCGCUGUAAAUGCAGCGGCGCUUAAAGAUGCCCUCUAUGAGAGUUUGGACUACGAUGUCUGUGAUAAUGUGCUAUUCAAGGAAGCACAAAAAAGUACGAACAAUGCACGAUUUAACAUUCGCAAAGAUAUUUUGCGUUGGAUAAUAUUUAUACAAAUUGGCAUAGUGACUGCCCUCGUCGCCUGUGUUAUUGACAUACCCAUUGAAGAAUUGUCAGCAGUAAAAUACACGUUUCUCAAAAACUCCGUUGACAACAACGUAGAUGCAAACAUCAACCCCGGUGGGAAUUUAGUCAAACCAUAUCUCUAUUGGAUGGCUAUGAGUAUUGUGCCUGUGGUGUUAGGUGCAGCGCUGGUAACUUAUGUGGAGCCAAUUACAGCAGGCAGCGGUAUGCCCCAAGUAAAGAGCUAUCUUAACGGUGUGAAAAUUCCGCGCAUUGUACGCAUCAAAACGCUGGCUGUAAAGGCGGUGGGCGUAGUAACAGCAGUGGUGGGCGGUUUAGUUGGAGGCAAGGAAGGACCAAUGGCUCAUGCAGGUGCGGUGGUAGCUGCCGGCAUUUCGCAAGGCAAAAGUACCACAUUUGUGAAGGACUUUCGUAUUUUUCGCGACUUUCGAGAUGAUCAUGAGAAACGUGAUUUUGUAUUGGGUGGCGCGGCUGCUGGUGUUGCUGCAGCUUUCGGCUCGCCCAUCGGAGGAAUGCUAUUCUCCUUGGAGGAGGCUGCAAGUUUUUGGAAUCAAUAUCUCAUUUGGCGUACGCUCGUUGCGUCCAUUAUAAGUUCAUUCACCCUAAAUAUUGUGCUAUCCGCGUAUCACGGAUUGAAUAACUUCACGUUUACUGGUCUCUUUAAUUUGGGCAAAUUCGAACAACCAGUAACUUUUGCUUAUUUCGAAUUGCCUAUCUUUAUGCUAUUCGGUGUAACCGGUGGUAUAUUGGGUGCUACGUGGAACUCAUAUAACACACAUAUCAAUCGAUUUCGUGCACGUUUCGUUAAGUUCAAAUUUGCACGCAUAUUGGAAGCAGCGCUUGUGGCAGUGAUUGGCGUGACAUUGGCUUGUAUUAUGAUAUUUUUUAUAAAUGACUGCCGUCCACUCGGAAAUGAUCCUACGGAUUAUCCAGUACAGUUAUUCUGUGAGGACAAUGAAUAUAAUGCUGUGGCAGCACUUUGGUUCCAAACACCUGAGGCGACGGUACGUUCACUGUUUCACGAUCCACCAGGUUCGCAUAAAAUAUUGACGCUUGCCGUUUUCACGAUAGUUUAUUACUUUCUGGCCUGCGUUACUUUCGGUUUAAAUGUGUCUCUUGGCAUAUUUAUACCGACGGCUUUAGUUGGAGCUGCAUGGGGCCGAUUAGUUGCCAUGGUUAUUUUCUACAUUUUCCCUGAAGCGACUUUUUUGAAUCCUGGCAAGUAUGCGCUUAUCGGCGCUGCAGCAAACUUAGGUGGCGUGCUGCGCAUGACCAUCAGUUUAUCGGUCAUACUUCUGGAGACAACAGGUAUCGAAACAUCAUUCUUUUUCCCCUUAAUUGUGACUUUGAUUAGUGCAAAAUGGGUGGGCGACUAUUUUACUGAGGGCAUCUAUGACAUACAAAUUAAAAUGAGUUGUGUACCGGUGUUGCCGUGGGAACUACUUCCCAAGUAUAAGGGGCUGAAAGCAUCACAGUUGAUGAGUUCACCUGUAAUCUGCAUUAAGAAAUGUGACAGUGCCAAAUAUAUUUACAAAGUGCUGCGACGUUGCAAGCACAACGGUUUCCCAGUUGUGGAGGAUGUACAGGAUAAUAAUCGAGAAAAUGGACGUGUUUGCGGCAUAGUGUUGCGUUCGCAAUUAAUAGUAAUUUUACUGAACUCGUUUUAUGAGGAGAAGAAGCGAUUUUGGGAGAAAGAGAUUUCAAUACAAACGUUCAGAAACGUUUAUCCCCGCUAUCCGUCCAUUGAUAGCGUGCGCAUGCUGCCCGAGAAGCAAAACUAUACAGUGAAUUUGGACAUAUUCAUGAAUCCGUCACCAGUGCGUGUCAGCGAAAAUGAUUCAGCAUCAAAGAUAUUUAAUAAGUUCCGUGCGCUCGGCCUGCGACAUAUGAUUGUGAUUGAUAGAGAAAAUCGUGUUGUCGGUAUUAUUACACGCAAAGAUUUUCUAUAUAAGUAGUGACUAUAUCCAUAAUAAGUAUAAGUUUAAGCGUGCCUCUAAGAUUUGACACAUUUUACGAUUUUAAUUAUUUCGCAUUUUAAUUAGUGCUUUUUUUGAAAUAGUGUGCAUUACACGAAGCGAUAUAUUUGAAACAGGAAUAGUGAGCAUUAUGUAUUUACUAACGUAUACACCAGAGAGCAGAAUGGCUUAUUAAGUCACACGCUUUUUUUUCACACUCUGAACCACUCAGUGCUCUGUAAACAUAAAAUUCGUUAGCAUUCUAAUAAAAAAGUCAAGUGGUUGAUUUUUCUAACGAGUUUGAAACUGUAGGUCUUUCCCUUGGUGUCUCCAUUUGUGGAACAACAUCAACUCGAACGCUACAAAUAGUAAGAGGAGCUCGGCCGAAUACCUCACAGAAGUGUACGCGCCAAUUAUUUAUUUAUUUACAUGACAUCUUUGAUGUAGUUUACGUAUGAAUCGGAAAUUAAUCCAAAAACUGUUCUCUUGUGGCACCUACCUUGUUUUAACUUACAUAAAUACAAUACAUCUGUCCAAUGUUGUUGUUAUUGUAGCAGCAUCAACAUUCCCCUUACAUGUACGGGGAAUGCUGCUGGAAUGACAGUCCUUGGCCGGAUAUAAAUCUGGGUCGUGCCGGUAACGUAGAACCGACUGUCGUGGGGCCAUAUUUAGUAGCGGUGGAGAUAAAACUGUUUGCAUGUUUUCGAUUCCUUUAUCACCUAUUAUUUUAUAUGGACGGCAAUUUUGGGUAAUCCAUCUGGUGACUACUUCACAGCUUUUUUUUUCUUGAAAUCUACUUCAACGGUUAUAUUUUCUACCACCAAGUUAGGAAUUUCUUUUCCUAUAUCAUUUUUGAUAUAUUUGCAAGUAACAACAUUUUCGGUGCCCUUUCCCCUCGCUUUUCAACUUUUGCAGUUGCACUAAGGUGCAAAACGGCAACAAGGUCCUCAAAUCGCUUGCCGGCAGCACCUGGCUAGAAGGCAAGGAAAUGUUGCUGGCGAAAUUUUAUUUUGGUACUAAAUUACGCUACGACUCCCUGGUCAGGUUACCAGGUACUAGUAAUUCGCAGUGGACUCCGCUUCAGACUUGUAAAAAUACUGCUAUCAGGACAGCCACGGAAUGCGUCCUGAUGUCUCCACCUUCACAUCGAGAUUUCCAUGCUGACGGUCAAGGAGCACAGUAAAAUGGUCAGCAAGCAAUUUGAGCUUGAGUGUUACGGUAGGAAUCACCCCUGCAGACAAUUGCUAGAGCCUGAGCCACCGCCCAGUCGAGUCAGGUGACAUCUCUUCGAAUAUAUCGGCGAGAUCCAAGACCAAAUGCAACUACUGGGCCGGACGGUAUGUAGACGGACAUGAAGCGACAUUCCUCGGGCGGCUUUUACCACCUUCCUAAACUCCCGACCCGCGAAUGCCAUUAUCGGAGUCCAACCAUCAUCAAUUGCUGACGAAGAGUUUCAGCUGUCUCGCAACUUCGACUCAAUUACGGUCUGAAUAUUAUAGCAGGUUUAACUCCUACCUAUCCAGAAUCCACUCUGAUUACUCAAUAUAUGUCCGGCAUGUGAAGUUACUCCGCAUGAUACUAAGACCACCUUUUCACAUGCCAUCUUAAACCUACUCACCUAACAUCCCUCUCCCUCUGGACCCAACCUGUCGAAACAGCACGUUUUUUGGGUUUCCCUUAAGAUGAGUUACACGAUGACAAUCGGUGGCUGUACCGUACUGGUAGGGUCUAGUGAACUGCAACAAUAUCAACAACAACGAAGGAUUCAAAACUUUAUGCUUUAAUAAUUUCACGCUUCAAGCUUCACGACAAAAGUUGGCUUUGGUGUUUACUAUAAGCCAUUAAUGAGAUAGCUGUCGGGUUAGGCAAAACUGUGACUAUCUUUAGAGAAAUCUAUACUUACUCCGAUAGCCAAGCGGCGUUUAAAUCUCUUGGUGAGGUUGUCACUGAAUCCAUCAUUGCUCGCAAAUGCCGAGCGUCUCUUAACGAGAUGGCGGAAUAUUUCCGCAUCCAUUUGAUAUGGGUGCUAGGGCAUAGUGACAUACCAGGGAAGUGUAAGGCAGACAAAUUAGCGAGAGAGGGCACUACCACUCGCCUCCCUCUUGAUAUGGAGUUUGUAGGUAUACCCCUCUCAACCCACAAACUGCGUGGUGCAAAUAGCAUUGUCACUUCAUCCAACACGAGAUGGGUUGAUAGGAAGACAUGUAAUGCUACAAAAAUAAUUUGGCCAAAAUGGGGCGUUAGACGCUACUUAAUGGGUCAAGGAAACACGUUUCUAUGUUAAUUGCUUUGAUCACAGGCCACUGUCUCAACAUGCUUAAAGAUUGAACGUACCUCAUUUCGACUGUUGCAGAAGCUGCAAUAAUGGGGCGGAGUAAGAGUCCGUUAGACAACUUCUCUGUUAUUGUUCCGCGUGCCAUGCCACUAGGCUCAUCGUUUCUAAAUGAUCUUGAGGACCUUAGGGAUAUAAGUGUUAGCUAGAUCAAUGGAUUUGCACUUAAAACAAAAUGGUUUAGUAAUGAGUAGCAGAUAAACUGCUAAACUGUGGCAUCACAAUGGAUCGGCAACGGUCUAAGUGAGUUGGUCCAGAGACCGACAGUCACUUCUACCUACCAACUGGCACUUCUACCUACCUACUUACAUCUUCAGUAUCCAUUCUCGAUUCCGCAUGCCUUUACUUUUUUUAUAUAAGCUGUUUCCAGUCAAUAUCAUUCGAGCGCUCGAUUUGUUUGGCAUAAACGAAUUCAUUGAAGUGAUUUUACUUAAAAAAGGCAUGUCGAUGAAGUACUUCAAUGCAAACGAGUGCAAAGCAUCUUAGCAUUAGCGCGAGAAUUGAUAUAGGAGUCAGUCACUGCUAAAACAAUGUUUCCCACGCGUUAUUUUGAAAGAACAGCAUUGAAUUCAAGGCGAAUCUACUAAUGAAUGCGCCUUGAUUGUGUCCACAAAGCCUACGUUGAAAUGAGUAUAUUCAUUCUGCUCUCUGGUAUACAAACACCCGUUGACAGUUAACUACAAACGCGAUAUUUUCACCAGUUUUGACUGCAUUUAUUUAUUUUCUUUUUUAAAUUUGCAUUAAUUUUUUAUAAAUCUUAUACCAAGUAUGAAACUUUAUACGAUAUUUGUUAUAGAGCCAAUAUAUUUUUUAUAAACAAUUCAUGAAAUUUAUAAAAAAAAAGGAGAGGAAAGGUAAAAAAGUAAAAGUAUAGCAAUUCUAAUUGGCCGUCAACGGGUGUGCGUACAUUUAUAAUUUGACAGAUAUUUAUGCGAAUGAAUAUGAAGUAUUUCUUAUGUAGCGAAGAUAAAUUCGCUUUAUGUUAUAUUUUAUCACAAUAAAUUUAAUUUUCUAUAUAAAUUA